UUCCCACUAGUCACAUGGAGGUUAGCGGUGACCCGUCGUUGCCUUCGGUUUUGUGGCACUCGCUCUCCGGUGCGCCUCGCCGACGGACUUGGGAGCGAAACCCCCGCAGGUUGCGCGCCGUUUCUUUUUGGGUGUAACUGCGUUUUAUUGCGUCUAUCCGCCAGCGGAAGGUCUCCCCGGACUCCACUGAAGCCGCUGGUAAACGAUACUUGGUUAAACGGGGUUAUUUUUAGUCCCCCACGACAGCGAUGAGUGGCUGGAAGCCGGCCGUGAGAGCGAGCGGUGUUAGGCGGUGGUAAGUGGAGCUCCGGACUGGCGUUCAGCGAGAAUGAAGUCGAGGAGAGAUAAACUGAAGAUCCCCUCUCUGACUCUGGAUUUAUCACCCACAUGCCAGAGCCCCACCCUCCUGAGCCCAUGCAGCCCCUGCAGCCCCUGCAGCCCCUUACAAACCCUGCAUCCCUGGAGCUGUCGCAGCAGCAACAGGAAGAGCCUCGGUGUCGGGACGCCUUCACCCACGCUGUCCCGGCCACUUUCCCCGCUGUCCUUCCACACUGCUGCGAGCAGCCCUCUAGACAGUCCUCGAAAUGUGUCCACCAAUGCCUGCCUCAACUUUCCAUUUGCCCGAAGUCACUUGGCUCGCGCUGACAGAGCUGAGGGCCGGCGAUGGUCCCUGGCCUCCCUCCCAUCAUCUGGCUAUGGAACCAAUCCGCCGAGCUCCACCGUCUCGUCCUCCUCGUCCUCCCAGGAGCGUCUUCACCAACUUCCCUACCAGCCAACACAAGAUGAGCUGCACUUCCUCUUCAAACACUUCCGCAGCACAGACAGCAUGACAGACGAGGAUGGACGGCCCUCACCGGUCAUACGUCCUCGAUCUCGGAGCCUCAGCCCUGGGCGAUCAAAUGUCUCCAUCGAUAAUGAGAUAGUCAUGAUGAACCAUGUUUACAGAGAACGUUUUCCAAAGGCCACAGCCCAGAUGGAGGACCGCUUGUUGGAGAUUGUCACCCACUGCUCUCCAGACAGCUCCCUCCCGCUGGCUGAUGGGGUGCUGGGCUUCAUCCAGCACCAGUUGGUGGAGCUGGUCAGAGACUGCCUGGACAAGUCCCAGAAAGGGCUGGUGACUUCACGCUACUUCGCUGAACUGCAGGAGAAGCUGGAAAAGCUGCUUCACGAGGCCUACGAACGCUCUGAAAGCGAGGAGGUGACCGUCAUCAUCCAGCUAGUCAGGAAGAUCCUCAUCAUAAUCUCUCGGCCUGCCCGCCUCCUUGAAUGCCUGGAGUUCGACCCGGAGGAGUUUUAUCAUUUACUUGAGGCAGCAGAGGGUCAUGCUAAAGUCGGCCAGGGGAUCAAGACGGACAUCCCACGGUACAUCAUCAGCCAGCUGGGUCUGACACGGGAUCCGUUGGAAGACAUGGUGCAGCUUGAGCAGUAUGAUACCAGUCCUUCAGUGUCCGUGGAACCAGACGCAGCCGUAGAGAAUAAGGCCCCACAGACGCUGACUCCAACUCGAAGGAAGCCUCUUGAGAGUGAUUUUGAAACCAUUAAACUAAUCAGUAACGGAGCUUAUGGAGCUGUGUAUCUGGUCCGCCACAAGGAGACCCGCCAACGUUUUGCCAUGAAAAAGAUAAAUCGCCAGAACCUGGUGCUGAGGAACCAGAUCCAGCAGGCGUUUGUGGAGCGGGACAUCCUAACCUUUGCUGAGAACCCUUUUGUUGUUUCUAUGUUCUGCUCUUUUGAGACACGCCGUCACCUGUGCAUGGUCAUGGAGUAUGUAGAAGGUGGAGAUUGUGCCAACUUGCUCAAGAACAUGGGUCCCCUGCCUGUGGAAAUGACAAGGAUGUACUUUGCUGAAACAGUCCUGGCUCUGGAGUACCUUCACAACUAUGGCAUUGUGCAUCGGGAUCUCAAACCUGACAAUUUGUUGAUUACGUCCAUGGGACACAUCAAACUGACAGACUUUGGUCUGUCCAAAAUUGGCCUAAUGAACAUGACCACCAACUUGUAUGAGGGUCACAUGGAGAAAGACACGAGAGAAUUUAUUGACAAACAGGUAUGCGGCACUCCAGAGUACAUUGCCCCAGAAGUGAUCCUCAGACAGGGCUACGGCAAGCCAGUGGACUGGUGGGCGAUGGGGAUCAUCCUCUAUGAAUUCCUGGUCGGCUGUGUUCCGUUCUUUGGAGACACUCCUGAAGAACUUUUCGGACAAGUUGUCAGUGAUGAAAUCAUUUGGCCAGAAGGAGAUGAUGCCUUACCUGCUGAUGCCCAGGACCUGAUCACCCGCCUGCUGAGGCAGAGCCCUUUAGACCGACUGGGAACAGGUGGAGCCUCAGAGGUGAAGCAGCACCCGUUCUUCCUGGGCUUGGACUGGAACGGACUCCUCCGACAGAAAGCCGAGUUCAUCCCUCAGCUGGAGGCGGAGGAUGACACCAGCUACUUUGACACUCGUUCAGACCGCUACCAUCAUUUGGCAUCUGACGAGGAUGAAGAAACCAAUGAUGAAGAGUCUUCCCUAGAAAUCAGGCAGUUUUCUUCCUGGUCGCAUCGCUUCAGCAAGGUUUACAGCAGCACAGAACAUCUGGCGACGCCAUCCAACCUAAGCUUCUCCUCAGACCGCAGCCACAGCGAGGACAAGGAGGACCGUGGAGACAUGGGAGGACUUGGUCCUUCCCCGAGCCCAGCAGAUGGCAGUAUGGAGCACAGGCAUUCUGGACGCAUGGCCAGCCUUCGCCCUCGGGCCUCCUCCAGCUCCUCCCAGUCUGAGAGGAGCACCAGUCCUCUGGUGAUGAGCAGCACUCAUAGCCUGGAAACGAUGCCCCGCUUCGCCCUCUCCACCGAUGAUGAAGCUGAGGUGGUGGUGUCAAACCUUCGGAGGAUCAGGAUUCGCAGCAACAGUACCGGGGGCAAACACUCAUCCCCCAAGGACCCAGCUGGCCCUCGACGCUUCGGGAACCAGCUGGAGACGCCCGACAGACAGAGGCUUCCCUGUGGAGGAAAGGUUCCCAAGUCAGCCUCCGUCUCAGCUCUGUCCCUCAUCAUCACUCCAGAUGACUCGCCCAGCAGCCUCCAGCCUGGUCCUAUCUCACCCCGCUCACUGUCUUCCAACCCUUCAUCUCGUGACUCUUCCCCCAACCGGGAUCUGUUGCUCAGCCCAACCAGCCUGAGGCCACCGAUCGUCAUCCACACCUCAGGGAAGAAGUACGGCUUCACCCUGCAGGCCAUCCGGGUUUACAUGGGCGACAGCGACGUCUACACCGUGCACCAUAUGGUGUCGAGUGUGGAGGAGGGCAGCCCGGCUCACCAGGCAGGUCUCUGCACUGGAGACCUCAUCACCCACGUGAACGGAGAGUCUGUUCAAGGCCUGGUCCACCCAGAGAUGAUAGAACUGCUGCUCAAGAGCGGCACCAAGGUGGCUCUGCAGACCAUAGCGCUGGAGAACACGUCGAUCAAAGUCGGUCCAGCUCGAAAGACCAAACACAAAGGCAAGAUGGCUCGUCGCAGCAAGAAGAGCAAGAGGAGAGAUAAUUAUGACAGGCGACGAAGCAUCUUGAAGAAACUGUCCAAGCAGAGCACAGUGAUGCACAGCAGCCGCAGCUUCUCCUCAGGUCUUCAUCACUCUGUCUCUUCCAGUGAGAGUCUUCCAGGCUCCCCGACACACAGCCUCUCCCCCGGACCCUCCACCCCCUGCCGGAGCCCCGCACCCGACCAUCAAGGCUUUGACAAUAAUUCUCCUCAGAGCACGUCUCCUUGCUCCAGCUCUCCCAGUUCCCCUGCUGCCCACAUCAGACCCAGCUCUCUGCACGGUCUGGGCUCCAAACUGAGCACGCAACGCUACACCAAGGUGGGCCGUCGGAAAUCCACCAGUAACAUCCCCCCCUCGCCUCUGGCCUGUAACUCUUCCUCGUCCUCCAGCCAGCAGCUUUCCCCACAGCGCUCGCCCUCCCCACUGCCAGGCUUUGCCAAAACCCUGCACACCUACCACGGCAAAACACUAUCGCCCCCCACCAUCGUUAGACACAUUGUUCGGCCCCGCAGCGCAGAGCCGCCUCGAUCUCCUUUGCUCAAGAGGGUGCAGUCAGCUGAGAAACUGUCCGGAGUGUAUCAUGCUGACAAGAAGUCAUACACCCCCCGCAGGCACACGCUGGAAGUGCCGUUUUAUGGUGAGGGUGACCUGCUGGGCGAUUCAGAGGUUGAGGGGGCCUGUGGAGGCUUUUACCUCGGGGCCGACCACAGCAGACUGGGAGGUUACAUAAGCAGCCAAAGGAUGCGAGACUCUGGGAUUGAACGAUCGGAGCAGCUGGUUGUGAUGCGGAAGCUCAACCUAUCAGAGCGGCGAGACUCCUUUAAGAAGCAGGAGGCCGUGCAGGAGGUGAGCUUUGAUGAGCCAGAGGAGAAGACCAGCAGCACGGUGGCCGGGACCACCGCAGCGCCAGGAGCCCAAACACAGCCUCAGCAGCACCAGCACAGGACGGCCUGGAUGGACGCUCGAUCCCAGACCAGCGUGGAGGUGGAGCUGGAGGUGCCUGUGGUGAGGAGGUUCACACUGGUGCCCCAAAUCGCUGUGCAGGGCUCAACAGAAAGCGAAGAGCAGGACGAGUGGGAGCCGUGUUCAGACGGAGAGGAAUCCAAUGAAAAGCCUGAGCUGGAGACGGACGGCGCUUCAUCUCAGCUACAACAAACGCAACGUCCUCUCGCUAACAGCAGCUGCAGUCAGGCAGCAGAAAACACAUCGACCGGACCUCAUGCUGCACCAGCACCAGAGAAGACUGAGUGCAGAGAGGACCCCCCGCUAAAAGGCCAUCUGAGAAAGUGACAGCUCUCAUUUCAGCUGCUCAUAUUGUUUCUUUUAAGUCUUUCAAGGACAACAGGAAUUGCAGCCGAGUUGUUUCUAGUGUGGCCCGGAUGAACUGCAAGCCGUAAACACAUUUACAGACUAGUCUGGCUCAAGGACAGGGAGAGGAUUUUACUUGAAUUUUAUAUUGUAAAUAUUUGCCUUCAGGCAUUGCAGACUCUCUGGUCUUAUUUAUUACAUUUGUAAAGUAUGACGCGUUCGUAACAGGGAAAGAGGGAAGUUCUCAUUGUUUGACUAGCCAAGGCUCAACAUUUUUGUAAUUGUGCUUGUAUGUCUUUUGGAGGUUUUCUCUUUUUUUUUCCAAAAAUGUCUAUUUUUUAAAUAUAUUGUCGUGAUACAGAAUAGUAGAGGUAAUGCUGGGCAUAACUGUUGUAGGACCAAAACGUACGAAAAGUCAGAAGUCAUAUUUUGUUUUUCCUUUAUAAUAGUGCAGCUUCUGUAGUACUGCUGUUCAUAGACUGAAGAAUUAGCUGUGGUUCACACUGUGAGCAACAUGACUGAUUUGUCAUUUUCAGAUCAGUUGUCAGCCGUGAUCGACAAUAUACAGUCCACAUACAUUGUUUGUUUAAUAGCACUACAUCUCCUCAAAGAUUUAAACAUCGAAGCCACCGGGCACUUACCAGACUGCAGGAAAACAAAGUCUGUUUUUCACAGAACAGUCAUAGCAGCAGGGAAAUCAGAUGUCACUGACUUAUUGGUCAUGUUCCUUGCGGUGUGAACUGAUGGUCACAGGAUUGUAUUUCUUUCAUGUGGAACCAGUCUGCGCAGGGUGACGUUGCAAAUCACACCGAGACACUACGCAGCUGCGACUUUAAAGUACAAUCUGUUAAGAAGACACCAUCAAAGGGUGCCAUGACAUCAUCGGUGUCCUCUAAGCCAUAUCUUUGAAGACAGAAAUGUCAGGAGAAAUGUUUGUAAUUUCAACACAGACAUUUUUUUAUGCAUCUCUUUUCCACUUGGCAUCGUAAUCUUGACAUCACCUCAUAAAAAUGAUGAUGAAGCUCUACAUGUUGCACACUCGUGUUUGUGUCUGCUGCUUUUUUAGAUCUGAUUUGAACACUGAUGCAGCAAGACUUUGUGUCUUGCCGUAGACUUGCUCUACUCAAAGCAGAAAAAAACAUCAAACUGCCAAACUGAGGUCUGCGUUUUCUCCAGAGACAAGAGGGAAUCAGGAUUUUCUUGCAUUCGUUGUUCGGCCUUCCUCACUUACCACAACUACACAUUUUGACAUUUGAAAGUGUCACAUCCUCGUUUGUGUUCAUCUUUUUUUGACGAUCAUGUUGAGUGACGCCAUGCCUGAAUGACCUGUUCCUACUUGGUUUACUGUGUGGUGAUGUUUACAUCAGAGGGGCAAGUGCACUAAUGUAUUUUGACAUAAAUUUUUGUAACCGAAUGUGAAAGCUAAACUGAAAGCAGCAGAGGGACACAUUUACAGUGAAUCCAAACCCAGGGCUUCUUUGAACAAAUGUUUUUUUGUCUUUGUAUUGUACAAAUAUUGAUGUAUAUUUUGGUAACAAGGCUGUGUAUAGUUCCAAAUGUGUUCAAGUACAUAAUAUGCACAAUGACGAUGACAAUUUGUGGCACCGGGAUUUUUGGGAAUUCUUACUUGAGGGAAUGAGCUGGUUGGCUUCACAUUGUUUUUCCACUACAGAGAUGGAGCAUUGAGGGUUAUUUUCUUAUUUGUCAGUGGCUGUUGCUGGCUUUUGUACUGACUUCUUCAGAGUCUUCUGUUUAUAAAGCAUCAAAAUUGUUGCUGUGUUAUGUUAACCCUUCUUCCUCCUUUACAAAAAAAUCUUGUGAUGACAACAUUUCAGGAUUCUGUCUUUGUGUUCAUGAACCAGAUGAACAGAUCACAGAAUGGCUCAGUUAUUUUCGCAGUCUGACAGAAUUGUUUACAACGAACAAACAUGCUACGUACUGUACAAGCAUUUUAUAUCCUGUGGCUGUGUGUGAUGAAACCAUUCUCUUUGAUACCAUGAAAGGAACUUACAGAAGUUGCAUAUCUGUUUUUGUUCUGUUUUUAAGAAAGUGUUCAUGAAGAGUAAUUUAGCACCAAACCAGGAAGCAUUUUGUAUAUUUACAUGCACAUAAGUAGCAAGAUUAUCGUCUGGUUUUGUAGCGUGUUACCUUAGAUGUCAUAUAAAGAAGAAGCUCAGUUUAAUUAAAUGAAAUAAGGGAUUAAUGCUUCACAUGACUUGAUUUCUGGACAGUGUGUACACUCAGUGUGAUUUUUACAGUCGAGGUCAAAAGUUUACAUACACUUGUAAAGAACAUAAUGUCAUGGCUCUCUUGAGUUUCCAGUUAUUUCUACAACUCUGAUUUCUCUCUGAUAGAGUGAUUGGAACAGAUGCUUCUUUGUCACAAAGAACAUUCAUGAAGUUUGGUUCUUUUAUGACUUCAUUAUGGGUGAACAGAAAAAGUGGCCAAAUCUGCUGGGUCGAAAAAUAUACAUACAGCAAUGCUAAUAUUUGGUUACACGUCUCUUGGCCAUUUUCACUUUAAUUAGACGCUUUUGGUAGGCAUCCACAAGCUUCUGGUUGAGUCUUUGACCGCUCCUCUUGACAGAAUCGGUGCAGUUCAGUUAAAUUUGUUGGCUUUCUGACAUGGACUUGUUUCUUCAGCAUUGUCCACAUGUUUUCAAUGGGGUUUAAGUCAGGACUUUGGUAAGGCCAUUCUAAAACCUUAAUUCUAGCCUGAUUUAGCCAUUCCAUUACCACUUUUGAUGUGCGUUUGGGGUCAUUGUCCUGCUGGAACACCCAACUGUGGCCCAACCUUCGGGCUGAUCUUGAAGAAUUUGAAGGUAAUCAUCCUCCUUCAUUAUCCCAUUUACUCUCUGUAAAGCACCAGUUCCAUGGGCAGCAAAACAAUUCCACAGCAUAAUACUACCACCACCGUGCUUGACGGUAGGCAUGGUGUUCUUGGGGUCAAAGGCCUCACCUUUUCUCCUCCAAACAUAUUGCUCGCCAUUGUGGCCAAACAGCUCGAUUUUUGUUUCGUCUGACCACAGGACUUUCCUCCAGAAGGUCUUCUUUUUGUCCAUGUGAUCAGCAGAAAAUGUCAGUUGAGCCUUAAGGUGUCGCUUUUGGAGCAAGGACUUCCUUCUUGCACGGCAGCCUCUCAGUCCAUGGCAAUACAAAACAUGCUUGACCGUGGACACUGACACCUGUGUUCCAGCAGCUUCUAAUUCUUGGCAGAUCUGCUUUUUUGUGGUUCUCGGUUGACUCUUAACCCUCCUGACCAAUUUUCUCUCAGCAGCAGGUGAUAGCUUGCAUUUUCUUCCUGAUCAUGGCAGUGACAAAACAGUGCCAUGCACUUUAUAUUUACAGUUGUUUGCACUGUUGCUCUUGGGACUUGCAGCUGCUUUGAAAUGGCUCCAAGUGACCUUCCUGACUUGUUCAAGUCAAUGAUUCGCUUUUUUAGAUCUGUGCUGAGCUCAUUUGACUUUCCCGUUGUAGCAUCUGUGGGCAUUUGUAUCCACUGAGCCCUAUUUAAAUGGCCUCAGAGAAGUAACCAGCUGUACUCACUCAUAAUCACUCACAAGAAGUUAAGAGGCAAUGCUAUGAAGCUCAUUUCAUUGACACAACUUUCUAAGUCACCAAAAUUGCUAAUUCAUGUUGCUGUAUGUAUAUUUUUGACCCAGCAGAUUUGGUCAUUUUUUCUGUUCACCCAUAAUAAAGUCAUAAAAGAACCAAACUUCAUGAAUGUUUUUUGUGACAAAGAAGCAUCUGUUCCAAUCACUCUAUGAGAGAAAAAUCAGAGUUGUAGAAAUAACUGGAAACUCAAGAGAGCCAUGACAUUAUGUUCUUUAAAGGUGUAUGUAAACUUUUGACCACGACUGUACAUGUGCAUAUUUGCAUGAGUCAGAAAAAAGUCAUGCUGAAGCAGGAUGGGCAAUACAAAAUCAUUAUUCAAAGGUCACUCUUUUAAAAAAUCAGCGUGUUAAAGUCAGAUUAGCUAUAAUAGCCACUUUCACACUUAACCAUUAGACACAUUUGCAAGUGUGAGACAGACGGCACUGUGCAAAAGGCUACAGAGAUUUACUGAAAAUGAUUACUGCACUUAAAAGUCUGCAAAUUUAGGUUCCAAAAUGAUAAAUGAUGACGUAGAAGGAAUCUCAUCUCCGGUUUCUUUUUACUAACCUGGUUUCUUAUGUGAAUGUAAACAUACUUUGUCACUCCACCCAGUUGAGCUUCAACAACUGGAGGUCAGCAAAUGCAAGGUCAGCUAUACAAGGUUCAACGUUUUGGCAGGUCAAACUGUUGUACAUGUGCAUGUGUUCUCCUGUGGACUCUUCUGUUCGGUGCAUGCUGCAUGAGACAAGCACACAGCUGUAAUACUUGACUGCAUGGUAUACCGGCGUCGUCGCCCUCUACUGUGUUUUCUUGUGCAACGAAUAAACUUUGUAUUUCUCUUUGAA